GUAUACAAGUACACCUCUAGAUGGAAGUACUGCUAUUUUCUAAAGCUUUGAAAUAUAGUGAAAAUAUUGCGUACAUAUAACUAAACAUUAACUAAAAGUGAAAAAACGUUCUUUGCACGAUACAUAUUGUUAAGAAAUAUAUAUCAAUUGCAAGUUAAAAGGUUAGGAACAUGUAUCUAAGCUGGAUAUUCUUCAUGUCUAUGACUGAGAACUGAUAUGAUGAUGGUGGAGCAAGAAGAUACACACCAUAGGAUAAUAAACAUCAGAAAUCGACAGUUAUAUCAAUCAAAAUGACCAACAAAAAAGGAAAUAUCUCAGAAAAAUCAAGGGAAGAAAUAAAAGCAGAACGAGAAGCAAAAAAAGCAGCUAAAGCUCAUGCUAAAGCAAAAGCUAAGUCCACUAAAAUACCAGACAAAGAUCCUUCGAACAAUAAUAAAUCAACAUCUUCCAAUAGUAUUAAGAAUAGAACGAGCAAUGAUACACCAGAGAUUGUGACUAACAAAAAUAUUGAAUCUCCUAAUAAAAUAUCAGUAAUCACUAAGACUUCAAAUAUAUGUGAAAAAGAUGAAAAGAUAGUAUCAGAAGUUAGUAGUGAAGGGAAAAGCAAAGCAGAAUUACGAGCUGAGAGAAGAGCCAAGCAAGAAGCACAAAGAGCAGCUAAGCAACAAAUUUUAUCAGAAAAAAAUAAAAAUAAGAAUAAAGAAGAAGAUAAUAAUAAUAAUAAUAGUAAUAAUAAUAAUAAAUCUGCAACACACACUAUUACUGUAAUAGACACAGUAAAGAAAGUAUUACCGAAAAAGAUUCAAAAAAUUAACAUUCAUGAAAUAAAUCUGUUCAAACACCUAUAUCAUGAAAGAGAACAAGCUAUUGUUAAUGUUCCGUUUGUGAAUUCAAAUAUACAUCCAGCAAUAAUUAGAUUAGGUGCACAAUAUGCAAGCAAAAUAAUUGUAGGUAGCAAUGCAAGAUGUGUUGCCUUUCUAGCUGGUGUUAAACAACUUAUUCAGGAUUUCGAAAGACCACCACAAGCUGAUUUUAUCCGAGGUUUAGAAGCAAAUUUGCAAGAAUCUGUAGCCUAUUUGCAUCAUUGUAGGCCAUUGGCUGUUUCAAUGCACAAUGCAUUGAAGCAUUUAAAAUGGCAAAUGACACAAUUUUCUUCUUCUUUAUCCGAUGUAGAUGUAAAGAAUAAAUUAAGUAAUGCAAUAGAUACUUAUAUCCGGGAGCAAAUAGAACUCGCUGAUAAGGCAAUAUCAAUAACUAUUCAAACUAAAAUAUCUAAUGGAGAUGUUAUCCUAACUUAUGGCUAUUCAUCUUUGAUACAUAAAAUACUAUUAGAUGCGCACACUGCAGCUAAAGAAUUUCGCGUUAUUAUCGUUGAUGGAAGACCAUGGCUGGAAGGAAAAGAACAACUUAGACGUUUAGCAAAGCACGGAAUUGAGUGCUCUUACAUUUUAAUUAAUGCUUUAAGUUAUAUAAUGCCUGAAGUAAGCAAAGUGUUUCUUGGUGCCCAUGCAAUAUUAGCGAAUGGUUCGGUAAUGUCAAGAGUUGGUACCGCUCAAGUUGCCUUAAUGGCCAGAGCCUUUAAUAUUCCAGUCUUAGUAGCUUGCGAGACUCAUAAAUCUUGCGAACGUGUACAAACAGAUUCUAUUGUGUACAAUGAAUUAGGAAAUGCAGAUGAGCUUGUACAAGAUUAUAGUAACGGUGCGCAAAAAUCGUUAUUAACGAACUGGAGAACAAAAAAAUUGUUGAACCUUUUAAAUAUCGUAUAUGACGUUACACCAGCCAAUUUAGUGACAGCUGUUGUUACAGAAUUAGCCAUUUUACCAUGCACUAGCGUUCCUGUUAUUUUACGUAUCAAACCAUCAGAGAUAUAAAUUUCGCUAUGCCGAAAUAUGUUUCGAUUAUUUCACAUAACGUUCAAGCAUCAAUAUGAUAAUAUAUGUUUAUCGUGUUCUCCAUACAUAUAUAUAAAUUGGAUUUUAGCUAAAGUUACAAAAUUAGAAUGCUCCAGCAACGGGGAAAUAUGUCGCAAUCUCCUUUUUUACUCACGUCUACGAAAGAAUUAUUUUAUGUAUUAAUAUUGUAUAUUAUGUUGUGUACUUUAAAAUAAUAAAUUUCUGCAACAUUAAUUG